AAAUCGUGGAAGUCGAAAACAAAAUCGUAAAUAGGAAAAUAUAUUCCAAAACAAACAGAGACUGUUUUUGAAGCUUUUGAUACGAAGCUCAGGGAGCCCAAGAGCUAAUAGAGACUAGCAGCAGCAGUAAACCCAUCACCAAGCAUCCCUCAAAAAGCUGAAGAAAGCCUAGACCAUAGAGAAAGAUGCCACAUAGAACUCGACCUAUGACCGCACUUUUGGUGUUUACUGGACUGAAUGCUAUCUUAGUUUCAACCAUUACUCCCGUCUAUGAUUUCGUCUGCUUUCUUCCUUUUUGGGAAAGAAGGAGGGAACGACUUCGUCAGGAACGUGAAGUCUUUAAUAAAGUAGGUUUGGAAUCAAGAUAGAAGUAUCGAUUACAGAAUUUUUUAUUUUUUAUUUUUUUAGAUUGUUAUACUUGGUGCAGUUAGAUUUUUGAUGUUCUAAGAUCUUAGUACAGAAAGAUGCAAUGAGUAAUGAAGCUUUUGCUUUUGCCAAUGAGAUAUGAGAUCUUCUCUUGUUUACGA